UCUGGUCCACAGUGGGUGAGUCCUUCGGUUGGGGUGCAAAGGAAGAACGGUUGCCAAAUCAAAAGAGCGUACCUCCGGAACUCUGCGGCGGCACCGCGGGCUCAAGGACAGGAACGAAACGUCUCGCGCGCGUGAGAGGCCUUGGAAACGCGCUGUCGUCCUUGCUGAGGCUCACGGGAGACGUAGUCCGAGCGGAGGUCCCUCUUGUCAGCUCCCAAAGACCCUUCAAAGCAAGAAUGUCAUCUCCUCUGGGUCCCUCACAUGUAUCCCUCAGGGACUCCAACACCACCAUUGAGGAGCCUGAGGCUGCACGACUCCGAUUCCGGGGUUUCUGCUAUGAGGAGGUAGAAGGGCCCCGAGAGGCGCUGUCCCGGCUUCGAGAGUUCUGUCAUCAAUGGCUGCACCCCGAGUCAUGCUCUAAAGAGCAGAUGAUAGAGUUGCUGGUUUUGGAGCAGUUCCUUGGUGUGUUGCCCUCUGAGAUCCAGGCCUGGGUGCGAGGGCAGCAACCAAGAAGCCCUGAGGAGGCUGCAGCCCUGGUUGAGGGGCUACAGCAUGAUCCUGGGCAGCUGCUGAGCUGGAUCACAGCCCACAUCCUGAAGCCAAAGGUGCUUCUUACAGUCCAGAAGACAAAGGAGUCUUCAGAGAGCCACCACCUCUCAGUAGCAACGGAGUCCUCUGAGGCAGGCCCUGCAGAGGCGCCACAGGAUGCGGGGUUAGACAGAGCUGCCCAGAUUAGUUGCAGUGUGAAGGAGGAAGCCAAUGCUGAUGGUCAGGAGAUGGUAUCCCCAAGCCCUCUCCUUCCGGCCCAGACGCCUGAGGGACAUCUUGGACACCAGGAACCAGCCUCCACAUCCUUCUAUCCAGGAAGGAUCCAGAAGGAGUGGGGCCUGUUGGACUCAUCACAAAAGGAGCUGUACUGGGGUGUGAUGCUGGAGAAGUACGGCACAGUGGUGUCCCAGGCAAGCCUGCCGCUGUUAGAGCCAGAUGUACAAGUUGAGUCUGAGCUGAGGCCAGCUCAUGCGGCAGGAUUGGAGUCCCUCAGGAGCCAUCUCCCAGAAGUGGGAGCCAUUGCAGGUCCAGGGCUUGUUCAAGCCUGCACAUCCUCUCCAAGUGAUGAGAACCGGAGCCCUUGCAAGGACCCUUCAGCCUUGUCUCCUGCACCACUUCUUGAAGCCCCUGCUAGGCCUGCACCUCGGAAGCUGUACACUUGUGAGCAGUGUGGCCUCAGCUUUGAUUGGAAGUCUGUUUUUGUCAUCCACCAUCGCACGCACCUGGGUGGGUCAGGCCUGGAAAGGCCACCACAGGUACACCGGGAGCCAGCCAUGGGGCGCUCCACUGGCCUUCGGGGCUAUGCAUGCGUGGAGUGUGGGCGCCGCUUCAGCUGGAAGUCACAGCUGGUCAUCCACCGCAAGAGUCAUGCAGGCCAACGGCGCCACUUCUGCCGGGACUGUGGGUGCAGUUUUGAUUGGAAGUUUCAGCUGGUCAUUCAUAGGAAGAUCCAUCAGCCAGAGAGUCCACGAGCAGCUGGAGAAGGCUGUCUUACCUUGGGAGCCUCCAGCUCCUAAUGCAUCCCCUCCAGCCAAGAGGAGGGCUCUGGGGCACCCCAAGUGAGUCAGGAACCCCAAGAAGAUCUGCUGUCCAACGCCAGACCACCCAGUAUAAGAGGCUGUUCACUUUCUGCCCCUGCUUUAUGGAGCCAGGUACUAAUCUGACGGUACUAAUCCACGGCUGGGGUCCUGGGGUCCAGCUUCUGCAAGGGGAGAGAGCUCCCUGCUUCGUAAUUCUCAGAAAUUGUCUGAGGUCCCUUCUUGCAAUGACCAGGAAAGAAGUCUCUGUGGAAGGUACAGGAAACCACAGCUGCCUUUUCAUCUCUUGAAUGUGACCCUCAACGUGCCAGGUUUUUAACAUAAGUAAUGUCUGUAACUAGAAUUUCUGAGGAAGAAUUCUAACUUCCGGCUUCCACUGAUCAAAAGAACAGCCUUGUGUCUGGCUGACGAGCCACAGGAACCACAGGGCGGCUGAGACAAGGACACUUCAAUUAGUCCCUUCACUCCAGCCUGCCCGGUUGCUUGACCACACGCACUGCUUGCCACCUCCCUGGUCUUUGAAUUCCUGAACCUGGACUUGGAUGAACAAUAAGGGACUUUCCUUUGAGAGUGUGAGAGGCCGUGGGUAGCUUCUGAGAAGUUAGAAAACACAUGGUUGCCUCAGGCCAUGCAUGCCCCUAGGUCAGGCCUACACCCCACACCACCGGUCAGUUCAUCAUUAAACUGGAGGGCAAAGAGCAGUUCCCUGCUGCCCAGGGAACUGUGACCCUCCGGACAGUCACUCAUGAUUUGUCCAUGCAUGGUGUCCUAUUAACUAUGCCUGUAAACUAGGUGGCUCGAAACAUUUAUUUACUAAUUUUUCACCAUCAAAACUCUGAAAUAGAUCUCACUAGAUCAAAGGUGUUAGUAUGGUUGCAGGCUCCCGCUGGGAGGUGCAGAGGUCACCAAAGGCCCUUGACUUAUGGUUUCUUCUUCCAUUUUCAGCAAUGGGCAGUUCUUUUCCUCAUUGGAUCAUUGAUUUCCACUUGCAGAACAUGGGGGACCUUAUAUAUUCCAGGGUGAUCACCAUCUUUUGGUCAGACGGUGAGGCAGGAGAUUUUAUUUUGUUUGAGACGGGGCCACCUUGUGUAGUAGAGGCUAGUCUCUAACUGGUGAUCCUCCUGUCUCAGCUUUCUGGGUGCUGGAACUAUAGGCUUGUACUACCAAACCCAGGUUGGUACUUUUAAAUCCUCUGUAUGUGUGUUUGAGGCAGUCUCACUGUAAAGUCCAGGCUGAGUGCAGACUCCCUGUAGCUCUCCAGCAUCAGUCUCCUGCGGGCUGGGAUUAAAGGUGUGCACCAUCAGGCCGGGCUAAGACUUUAAAGACUUUUCAUUUUCAAAUUUAGAAAUAUGGAGCAGGAUUCGGUGUUGUAGGCAGAUCUCUGUUAAUUUGAGGUCAGACUGGUUUCCAUAGUAUGUUCCAGGACAGACAGGAGCUAUGUAGUGAGAUUCUGUCUCAAAAAUAAGUAAAUAAAUAAAUAAAUUCUAGAGAUGGGCAUAUUAAAGUUUCUUCUAGAAACUUGGGUUUUUAAUACUGUCCAUUCUUGCUCAUUG